AUGAAGAUCUACAAGGCUUUCUCAGCGGUCGUGCUCGUUAGAGGUGUUGCUGCUGGCUCUGUUCCGAUAAUGUCGCCCAUUCCGAAACCGCCCAUCAAAAAUGAAACGAAGCAUAGCACGGCCGAGACCCUCGUGACUACUAUCACUUCUGACUACUCAUUCUACUGUCCUGAACCUACUACGUUUCACCAUAAAAACCUCACUUACACGGCCACGGAGCCAACUUAUUUGACCAUCACGAACUGCCCGUGUACUGUCACUUACACGCAGAACACAAAGUCCCCUGCGACAGUCGUCUAUCCCACGGCCCCCCCUGGCCAGCCAAUGUCCCCCCCGCCUCCGGUGAUGUCCUCAUCUGCUCCUGCACCACCACUGCCUCCCAGCAAGCCGGCGUCACCUCCUACCAAGGCUACAGUCCCGUACUCUGAGCCUUAUCUUCCACCAGCAAACCCCGAAUCCACUGUUCCUGUCCCAGAAGCUCCUCCCCCUCCCCCUCCUCCUCCUGCAUCUGGGCCCCCUCCGCCAAAAGCUACAGUUCCAGCUGCUGGUACUCUACCUCCUCCUCCACCCCCCGAGGUUUCGGCCCCAGCCCCAGGGCCGCCGUCUCCUCCCUCUAUACCCGGACAACCGGCUGUUCCUCCAUCUCGAGCUGCCCUACCCCCGGUCAACCCUACUGGUACUAUCGAGGCUUCUGUGCCUUCGGCCGCUGCUAAUAAGGUGUCUGGAAGCUUUGGCGCUUUCGUGUUGGCUGGCAUUGUAGCUUUGGCCAUGUGA